UGUGAAGCUUGACUCUAAAAAUACAUUUUUAAAAAAACAAUGGGAAACACAAUGGAAUCCAUUUUAAAAAACCACACAAUGUGCCUUUUCCAUUGCUACUGGUACAGCAUCUUCACUCUCUUUGGUCCUUCGGUCUGAGACAAACCUUGGUCACUCUUGACCCCAGUGUAAGAGCAGCAGAAACUUAAACUCUUUGCCUGGCAGGAAUCCCUGGGGAAAGCUCUCGAUAAGGCAGCCGUUCAGGAAGAGAGUGCACGAUGGCCCUAGAAACUGUGAAGGAGCUCUUGAGCUUUGACUGCGGCUUGCUGGUGGCUUACCAGGUGUACAAAAGCUCCCAGCUGGAGUCCAUCAGCUUUCAGACCAGCCAAAUGAGGGACGUCUUCUUACAGCACCCUGAGGUUGUGCUCAUUCAUCGAACCCACAACCCAUGGGGCAAGGCCCUCUACACCUUCGUGGUGGACCAGCCUUUCAUGCAGCUGGAAGGGGAGGUGACCAAGGUGAUCCACUUCGCAGUCCCCACCAGGGAGUCGGCGGAAGGCCUGGCUCAAAUGUACCGCACCUUCAAGGCCUUCAACCCCGAAUGGAAGCAGAUCAAGACCUUCCUGGUUGACCCGCGCUUCCGGUGGCUGCCGGCGCUGUCGGAAGCGUUCCCCUCUGUGGACGUCCAGCUGUCUGUCUUCCACAUAUGCAAACACUUGCAGCACAAGAUCCAGCAGGUCUCCCUGGAAGCCCACACGGAAAGGCUGGUUCUGAGCGCCUUGAGGAACGCCAUGUGUGCCCCCAGCGAGAGCAACUUGAGGAAGCUGUACACCAUCCUGUGUGGCUUUGUGAAGCCCAACCGCUUGCCCCAGCUCCACAAAGAGUGGCUGCUCAACGAGAAGAUCUGGGCCUUUCACCGCUGGCGGACCUGGGGCCAGUGCAGCCAGUAUUUCAAAGAUCUGGAGAUGCUCACACACAGCUUAAGCCAGAUCUUCUGCAUAGGACCAUCCCUGGAGACCUGCAUCACCAAAAUAGCAAAGACUUACCAGAAGGUUGUCCAGAAGAGCUCCGCGGAGUCUGCGCCAGGCCCAGGCCCUUUGCUCGGGGAGAACGGCUCCUCCAUCCAGAACCUGCUGGUGCUUCGCUCCUCUGCUGCACACUCUCAGAGGUUUCUGCUUCCAAGGGAUUCUGCUCCGACCGCCGCGCCGACUCCCCCGAAGCCGGCGGCAGGGGUUGCUGCGGAAGAGUCGGCUCGCGAGGAGGAGGCAGAGGCGACUUCCAGAGAGGCUGAGGAGCGGAUCAAGCAGUCCUUGAGCGACAUCUGCACAGAGCCAGCGGCCAGGCUGUGCUUGAACGAGUUUGCGGUUGUCCAGAGCUCUGCGCAGUUGAUGGGAAACAACGGAGAGGUUGCCAGCAUACAGAUCCUGGAAGACGCUCAGUCCGUGCGCCACAAGGGCCUCAGCAGCUGCACUUGCCACUUCAGCCAGACCUUCCAGCUGCCCUGCCGGCACGUCCUGGCUGUGCUGAACUCCGAAGGGAAGGAUUUCGAGCCCGGCAGGAUCCCAGCGCGGUGGCGCAAGGGAAACAGCACAUCCCAAGAGGGACAGAGCAGCACCGACGGGCUGCUGGAGGUCCUGAGUUGCUCGUGGGACAAGUUGUUGGACAAGUACCUGGCUGUGUCUUUUCUCACUGCGGAGAUCAGCCGGCUUCUGAGCCAGUGCAGUCACGAGGAGUUUGAUCGCAGGUACAGCACCCUCCGCGAGCUGGCCGACAGCUGGAUUGGGCCUUACGUGCAGGUGAAGUUGUAAUUGAGCUCAGGGGCGCUACUGGGAGCAGACCCUUGGGCUCGGCCGGAGACUUGGGGUUAACAUUUCAUUCAGCUCCGAAUGUCUGUGGGGCUCCUCCUUUGUGGGGGGAGCUUUGAUGAGCAACCCAAGACUGUGCACACAACUGCAAACCUGUGUUCUUGUCUGAGACUUUGCCGGCAGCUCAGAGGUGCCUGACAUGACCUACAGUCCCGUGAAGUCCACCCCCUCGUCUCUCUGCAUUACUGUUCUUCUAAGUCAGUUGGUUUUAACCCCACCAGCAUGUCUGGUUCUCCAUGUCAAAGGGGACCAGGUGUGUCUCCUGAGUCCUUUUUUCCUCUCCCUCUCCCCCCCCCCUUGAUUAUUGAAACAGGGCCCCCUGCACCCAGCGAGAGCAGGACUUCUCUUUCGUAAAUGUCAAUAAACAAGUCUUUCCUGUU